AGAAUCGAGUGCCUGAAAACAAUGCCACGCCUCAGUUCGAAAACAAUGCCACGCCUCAGUUCGUCUUCUUUCUCAGUCACCCACCUACCCAAUUAUUCAUUUCCAUCUCUUUCUCCUUCACAAUUCCCUUUUUCAGUCCCAUUUCCCACCUCCCAUUUCCAUUCCUCCACUCUGCAAAAUGCCUUCUUCCGAUCCCACCAUCGUCAUCGACCGCCUCCGAUUCACUUACCCUGGAAUCGACGGCCACCCUCCUUCCGGUUCCAAACCCCUUAUUGAAAAUUUCUCCCUCACCCUCAACGCUGGUGAUCGUUGCCUUCUUGUCGGAUCCAAUGGCGCUGGGAAGACCACGAUCUUGAAGAUUUUGGGAGGGAAGCAUAUGGUGGAGCCUCAUAUGGUUCGUGUGCUUGGAAGGUCGGCUUUUCAUGAUACUGCUUUGACUGUUUCUGGUGAUCUUUGUUAUCUAGGAGGAGAGUGGAGGAGAGACAUGGCCUUUGCUGGAUUUGACGUUCCCAUUCAAAUGGCUGUAUCUGCAGAGAAACUAAUUUUUGGAGUAGGUGGGGUUGAUCCGAAAAGGAGAGUUGAACUCAUUAAUAUUUUAGACAUUGAUCUAUCAUGGAAGAUGCACAAGGUAUCUGAUGGUCAGAGAAGACGGGUGCAAAUAUGCAUGGGUCUUCUCAAGGCAUACAAGGUUCUUCUUCUUGAUGAGAUAACUGUGGAUCUUGAUGUGCUGGCAAGGGCUAACCUCUUGAAAUUUUUGAGAAGGGAGUGUGAGGAACGAGGGGCUACGAUAAUUUACGCCACACAUAUAUUUGAUGGUCUUGAAGAUUGGCCAUCACACAUGGUCUAUGUGUCGCAUGGGAAGUUGCAAAUUUCCAUGCCAAUGGAUAAAAUUAAAGAGAUCAGCAAAUUAUCUCUUAUGAGAACAGUUGAGAGUUGGCUAAGGAAGGAGCGGGAUGAGGAGCGACUGAGGAGGAGGGAAAGAAAGGCAAAUGGUCUGCCUGAAUUUGAAGAAAGGAUAGAGGAAAGCCGUGUGACUGGAGAUCCAGCUCACUCUGCUGUUCGAGUAAUAAACAACGGUUGGGCAGCAGGACGGCUUAACUCCACUGUCGCUGGAGAAGAGAACUUCCUGUUCAGCUCUAACAGAGUUCUCAGACAGUAAGAAGUCUUCAUUUUCUCUUUGAAAUUUUUUGAGAAAGAGCUAGAAAAGGCUCAAAGGCCAUCAUAAUAGUCAGACGUGAAACAAAAUUCAUGGAAAAUUUAAUUUCUAUACCUAUUUUGGUGCUCUUGUUUAUUUUAUUUAAUUAUUAUUUUUAGUAAGCUGGUAUUUUAAGUCAUGAUAUAGAUUUUUAUACAAUGUUACCUUGAAUAGCAAGUGAUCUUCUUAGAUCCAGUGUUGUAGAAUUGCUAUUAAAUGAAGAAAAUUUAUUCUCAAGAGUUGAAUGGUUCUUGGGUGCCAA